UAACUUGUCAUCCGUCCACCGGAUGCGUGCGCAAUAUUCCCUUGAUUUUGUGGAGUGUGGCGUGAAUGAACAUUAGUGUAAAAGCAAAGGGAUUGUUCACUUGGACCCAAAUUGCAUGUUACGUGCUUGUUUUUUAUCUUAUAUAGUCUCCAGCCCCCGUGCGAUAUAAUUCAUUAACUUCGGUGGAGUGUUUACUAAUGUUGGUCGUGAUUGCGAUAUAGUGGCUGGAUCAGUCGGUAUAAUUUACUGUAUUUUCGCCCAGUACAAUGCGAUGGGCGACUGUUGAUACAGAAUAAAGAAAACUAGACACUCGUUACGUGGGCAGCUACGCGUGAAUGCAGCGCCCUAAAAUACGCACCACGAUAACAGCGCGCCGCCCAGCUGCCUGCUAAACUGGCGGCGCGGCUGCGCAUGCUAGCGUGAGGACUUCUGAGAGCCCUGGAGCCGCGCAGGAGAUAUCUGUUGCGGCGGGCGCCCUGUCACCAUGGACGACGGGGGCAGCAACAAGCAGCGGCAAGCCACGCGCGUCUUCAAGAAGAGCUCGCCCAAUGGAAAGAUCACAGUGUAUUUAGGGAAAAGAGACUUCGUAGACCAUAUCACACACGUAGACCCAAUUGACGGGGUAGUGUUAAUCGACCCAGAAUACGUAAAAGACAGAAAGGUCUUCGGUCAUGUCCUCGCUGCGUUCCGAUACGGACGGGAGGAUCUGGAUGUGUUGGGGCUUACCUUCCGAAAGGACCUCUACCUCGCAGCUGAACAGAUCUACCCAGUGACGAGCACUCCGAAGCGGCCGCUGACGCGGCUGCAGGAGCGCCUGGUCCGCAAGCUGGGCCCCGCGGCGCACCCCUUCUACUUCGAGCUGCCCCCCCACUGCCCCGCCUCUGUCACACUGCAGCCAGCACCGGGCGAUACCGGCAAGCCUUGCGGGGUCGACUACGAACUGAAGGCCUUCGUCGCGGACUCGCAGGAUGAUAAGCCGCACAAGAGAAAUUCGGUGCGGUUAGCGAUCAGGAAGAUAAUGUACGCGCCGAGCAAGCAAGGCGAACAACCGUCGGUCGAAGUCUCCAAAGAGUUUAUGAUGAGCCCCAACAAAUUAUAUCUCGAAGCGUCACUAGACAAGGAAUUAUAUCAUCACGGCGAGAACAUAGCUGUGAACGUUCACAUAGCGAACAACUCCAAUCGGUCCGUGAAACGCAUCAAAGUGUCGGUGCGCCAGUUCGCGGACAUUUGUCUAUUUUCCACCGCCCAGUACAAAUGUACUGUUGCUGAGGCCGAGAGCGAGGACGUGGCCAAGUGGAAAACGUUUAGAUUCCCCCUUAUCGGAUUGUUCAGUAAGAAUAUAAAAAAGUCUGUGGAGGGCUGCCCGGUGGGGCCCGGCUUCACGCUGAGCAAGGUGUUCACGCUGACGCCGCUGCUGGCCAACAACAAGGACAAGUGGGGGCUGGCGCUGGACGGGCAGCUGAAGCACGAGGACACCAACCUCGCCUCCAGCACACUUAUUGCAGAUCCAUCGCAGCGCGAGAACUUAGGCAUUAUAGUACAGUACAAGGUCAAAGUGAAGUUGUGCCUCGGACCUUUGGGCGGCGAGCUGAGCGCCGAGCUGCCGUUCAUCCUGAUGCACCCCAAGCCCGAAGAGGAGUCCCCGCGGCCGGCGCCCGAGCCCACCCCCGACCACGACCUCAUCCAGCUCGACCCGCACCCAGACGAGAACGGUCAAGAGCAAGACGACGACAUAAUAUUCGAGGAUUUCGCGCGCCUCCGGCUCAAGGGCGCGGACGCGGACGCUUGAACGGGCGUCACUGCGCGCACGCACGCAACGCGUUGCGUCCCGGCUCUACUGCAGCGCCUCGUGUGCGCUCUCGACCUUAGGACGGAGCGUCGCUUGGCAUAUCCCGAACCGAUUCAACAGCUCUCGGCCAAGUGACAAGUACAUAAACAAGUACUGAUUGAGAACAACAAAUAAGUUACGAUAUAAUUUCGCAAUUCUACUAAAAUCAUACAAUACAUUGAAAAUAGUAAUUUUCGUUCGAGAUUGGUCGUGAAAGAGAUUUCGAUCGAUAGUAAAUGAGGUUUGUCUUGACGGAGAUUGGACGCGAACGUGUGGAAGAUACGACGAGGAAAAAAUUUCGUACAUAGGGAAUGAAUUUAUGGUUCGCUUGGGCCUUAUAAAAAGGUCUGCAGAAUUUAUGGACAAUUUUAUAAAUGUGGGUAGCACUAAAUUAAUACCCGGAGUCUAGGGACUGUGGUAUAAUUUUGUUAUUUUUUCUGUAUAGUGGCUGAAAAUAGACCCUUAGUCUUUAAUAAUGUCGAUUUUACAACUAUUGUGUCUAUUAUAACGGGUCAUUGUCUUUUUAAAUAUUGUUUUUCUAAAUUAUCUCAAUUGUGAAGUAAAUUUUCUUUAUCCUCGGAAAUGAUUGUAAGUAGAUUUUAGAUGUGUCUAUUCCAUUUCUAUUGACAUUAAAUUUGUACAGAGUAGUUAGCAUGAAAAUAAAACAUUUUUAAAUGCACGUAAUAUAUCGUCGGAAUGCGAAUGAGUUGUAUGGAUAGCCACGCACAAUGUAAAAUGAAGCGUAGUGUACGAACGAAUUUAGUGAAUCAAUGGGACGAUUGUAAAGACACCUAUCAAUAAAAUACGUUAUGCAAUUUUAAAACUUAACAAUGAGUUUUAAUACAGUUUAUUUUUAAUACGCAUUUUUUUGACAAACAACGUUAUAGCAAAUCUUAAAGCUUCAAUGCCUUAGUUUAAAAAUACUUAAAACUGCCGUUUUUAGCUUUUCUGUAAAAAAUAUCACUUGUUACGUUUUAGAAUUGCUCAAUCGAAUAUCCCUGUACAUAUGUUGAGGAUUUGACUCUAACACAUAAUGUACGCCUAUUCAAAUAAAGGAUUAUGUGUCUAGUGAAUAGAGUUUAAAUUUGAUUGUGACGUUUUCGAUCACAAUAUUAAUUAUACGAACAUAAGUUUUGUGUAGGUGUGAGGAUUUAGAUUUUCAACCACGUUUAAUACUGAUACGCAAUGGUGCGAAGUGUGUACCAUUGUCGGACACUAUUUCGGUGGGUGGUCCUCGCCGAACUGUAAAACGUUUGAAUGUGACGCUAUGCUUUACACGCUAGGCCAAUGCAACACGAAACAAGGAUAACCGCUACAACUCUGAGAGUACCUAAGAAUAGCGCAAAACAUAUUAUUAUAAUUAAAAAUUUUAUAUACCUAAUAUUUGAUGUAUAUUAUAUGUGGAAAUUUUAUUUUUGAAUAGUUAUUGAUUAAAUAAUCGAGUACAAUUUUAGGUUUUUAUUCGUUGACGUUAUUUUUUGGCAUUCAUCAUUGUCCGUCUAUACUUUUCUGUAUUAGUGAAUUUAUAGUACAAUGUGUUUGUUAAUGUGCAUUUAUAGAAUAAAAAAAAUGUAUUUUGUAUCUUAAUGUUGUUUACUUUCUCGGGUAGUGGGUGUAUUUAUGAAAUAUUAUUAAAUAUGAGAAUCGUUCAAUGGAAUAUUGAUUCUAAAACAUGUAUUGCACAAAUAUUACCAUUACAUAAAAUAUUUUGUGUAUUUAAUCUUUUGUCGAUAGAAUAUUAUUGCUAAAUAUGAUUUGUUAUUUUAUUUAAAAUUAUACCAAUAUAUCUUCACAGUUAACAAACAGUGGUAUUUUAACAGAUACACGCUGUAAGAUACUACAGUUACCUAACCAAAACGAAUAAUCAUUAAAGAAUAAUUUAAACAAAAUAUUAAACUUUGCUACUGCUAGUUAGUGUGUAAAACCAAAUUUCAGGUGAUUUUAGAAACGUGUUUUGAUAACUUCCAAGGAUAAUAAUUGAAAUGCAUGUUGAAACAACUUUUUGAAAUCACCUAAAAAUUUUAAUUUUUAAAAUAAAUGCCGAACAAUAAAAAAAUCGGCACAAAUGCUUUUUCUUUGACAGUUUUAGAAAUAUUUUUCUGUCAAUUCUAUGAUUUGCAAAUAAUAUAUUCUUGCUGAAAGAACUUGUCAUGAAUAUGUCAAGAAGGCUAAUAAUAUUUUUAUAGCCCCUUCACACUAUCUUAUUCUUUGUCUAGAGAGCCUACCGCCUUACGUAUAACUUACGUGUAGACUGAAAAUCUUCGUACAUUCAAUUGGAAAUAUGUGCAUAUAAUUUUUAAAUAUUACAUGAGCCAUAUUCCUGUUCACCUCCAAGUCAGAAAGACUAUGGUUAGGAAUGGGUACAACAUUCUGCGGUGGGCGGAUAUUGAACCAAAGACCUCGCGGUGUUGAGUUUAUACUAAUGGAAUUAUUAAGAUGUUAUACAUCACAAGACACGGUCUACAGAUGUUCCGAUUCGAUAGAGAAACGUACGCAGAGGGUUUACGGAUCUGGGUGUCAUGACGAUUAGUUUCGUGGGGUUUUGUGGAAAAUAGCAAAACGUGCGCGACGCUAACUCAGUUAAGACAAUUCGUCGAACGCUUCAGCUAGUAGGUACAUGGCUAGUGUGAAGGUUCUCUAAAUCUAUGUACAUUUGUUCCCUGUACAGUAAAUAGUUGUAAAUUAUGUGGCAUCAUUACUUGUAGUCUAAGCUUUUUAAUGCACAACAUAUUUUGAAUAUUAAUGUUACAUCUGCAUAAGGAACAAGUAUUUUAAUAUUAUCUAUUGUUAUUACUUCAUACGUGUUUUUCAUUCAGCGAUCAACCGCCUACAAACGCUUAUAGUCAGAUUUAUAUUAGAUGUGUUCACUUUUGUGUCAUGAUACCUUACAAGUUGGGUCAAAAUGGGUUAUUUGUUUUGUAUAAAGGAUAAAGAUCAUGGUUAAAAAUGCAAUAACUAGAAAUAUUUCAAAGAAAAAUUUUAGUCAAAUGUCUAAUGUACUUUUAAAUAAGACUGUUAUUGAAACAAAUGCAUAGAAUCUUUAUACAAAAUGUAUGAUCGAUCAAUACGAUCUACGAUGUAUCUUAAUGUAAUAUAAAUUUAAAUUGACAGAACUUUAAUGUCGAUAUCGUUUAUCAUUAGAUUAGGUUUUUAUUUUUACCUACAAACACCUGUAGGUUUUAUUAAUAAACCUGCUUCAGUGUUGCCUUUUUACUAUAAUAUCUGUGAGUUUCAGUUCUGUCAAUUUUGUUUGGAUAUAUUUGUGUGUGUGGCAAAAUUAAUGGCAAUAAUAAUGAUAAUUGUUUACAAUUUUUUGCUUGAACACGAAAUUUUAUGAGAGAGUUUGUGAAAUUGUUGUCAUGUAACCUUUAUUAAGAAAAAUCAUCGUGGUCAUGUCUUGUUGCAGCUAUGAAUUUAAUUUGAAUAAGACAACCACAAGACAAAAUAUUUUUUUACAGUUUAUUACCAUUUGUAAAUAUAAUAUAAAUAGAAUACAUGCAUGUGUAAAUGGUUUAUUAGGGUGUGUGUGGGAAGACGUUUGACUACAAGAGAUUGUCCAUAUGAUUUGAAUUAUCUGUCAUUCGACACACACCCUGGCAACACUGCAUACAUAAUUUCAUCUGCCUUUGUGAUAUCUGUAAACUAUAUGGUCAAAAUGUUUUAUAAAAUUUAUCCAACUUAAAUGAGAAAUCAGUUACAAUUUGAAUAUGUCACCGUAAAAUUGUAAAUACCGUUACAUUGUAAUACAUCUCGCAAGAUUGUGAACUUUCGAUAGAUUGGAAGGAUUUGAUUUUAAAUUUGUACGGUCACAAAUAAAAAAAUACCUAACCUAACCAUUGGUUUCUGAGCCAUUCAAGUUCCGGUUCUUAGGAGUAGUAAUAGAGUUCACUAUCUAUCGACAGUUCUCAAUUUUGCGAGAUAGAUUAUAAACUAACGUUAUUUACACCAUUACGGUGAAAUAAACAUAUAAUGAGUUAGAAAUUACUGUAUAAUUAUUAUUAUUUAAUUAAUUAUUUUUAUUUUAGUUUUUAGAAUGUACCUAUGUAAUGUAUACAAUUUUAGUGGUUAUGUAAAUGAAAAUAGGUCAAUAUGUUCAGCAUGCACUUUCAAUAGACAUAAUACAAGUCACUCUAUAUACAAUUAUACAGCAUAAUAUACUCUGUUGGCUUAGGUCAUUUAGAUAACAAAACCUGAAAUAAGUAUGUUUAGUAAAACUACCGUUCGAUUAUUUUAUUCAAAUUUAUUUUUGAAUAUAUUCAUUUUACAUUCAUAAAAAUGUAGGCACUGUUAAUUUUUUUGUUUACCGUUGUACGUUUUGUAAAUUAUCUAAGCCGACAGAGUGUAAAUUCGAUAUGUUGAAUUUAGUGGACAAUUGAAACAACAUAUUAAAACAGCCUUAAUUUUAUUGAAUUAUUUAAUUAACAGGUCUGAUUUGACACAGAAAAAGUGCGGGUACUUUUAUUUUAUUAUUUUUUGACAAAUAUGAAUAUAGUGGGUAGGUAUAAUAUAAAAUAAUUAUUACUUAUUGAUUCCUAUUUCCAAGAAGAAAUCUAUCAAUUCGGUUAUCUAACAUUCAAGUAUCAAAAUGUCUUACACUAGCACCUGGAGAACCCUAAUGUCUGUCAACAAUAAUAUUUUUGACUACUAAGGUAUAGCACAUUGUUUCGUACCAUAGAGCAAUAACCACGCAGAAUUAAUAUCGCUCUUAUUUUCGUUGCAAAGGGACGAAAGAGAGCAAUAUGUAGACAAAAUUAUCUCGUAACGAGUAUCUCCCCUUUUUGUUACCGAAAACCCACUAUACGCGUACUUUUAUACAUAAACCAGAACUGUUACCAAUUGUUUAGUGAAGAAUUAAUUCGAAAGUUUGAUUCAAACUAUGUUUAAAAAUAAACGAACCUACGCAGAAUAGUUGAAGUCCAUAGAGAGUAAGCUAAGUAAAUAGCAAAGCGUUCGAAUGUGGUGAACAUAAAAAUGCGCAGUUACACAAUUUUUUUUUUAAUUUUACAUCGAAAUCUUUUUUGAUGUACUUUUUGAAUAAAUAUGUAAUCUUUA